GCUGAGGAGAGUUGCAUCAAUAGCAGCACCAUGGCUCAACAGAAGAACUUUGAAGGCUAUGUGGGAUUUGCGAAUCUCCUAAACCAAGUGUAUAGAAAAUCAGUGAAGAGAGGGUUUAUAUUCACACUUAUAGUUGAGGGUAAAUCUGGACUGGGAAAGUCAACGUUAAUCAACUCAUUCUUCCUCACAGAUUUGUAUUCUCCAGAGAAUCCGUGUCCUUCCCAUAGAAUAAUGACUGUCCAGGUAGUGCAAUCCAAAGAUUUAAUCAAAGAAGGUGGUGUUCAGUUGCUGCUCACGGUAGUUGAUACCCCAGGAUUUGGAGACGCAAUGGAUAAUGAUAAUUGCUGGCAGCUUGUUGUCGACUACAUUGAUAGUAAAUGUGAGGACUACCUAAAUGCAGAAUCUCAAGUGAACAGAUGCCACAUGCCUGACAACAGGGUGCAGUGUUGUUUACACUGCUUUGCUCCUUCAGAGCAUGGACUUAAACCACUGGAUAUUGAGUUUAUGAAGUGUUUGCAUGAAAAAGUGAACAUCAUCCCACUUAUUGCCAAAGUAGACACCCUCGCACCAGAGGAGUGCCAACAGUUUAAAAAACAGAUAACGAAAGAAAUCCAAGCACAUAAAAUAUAUGACUUUCCAGAGACAGAUGAAGAGGAAGAAAAUAAGCUUGUUAGAAAGAUAAAAAAUCGUUUACCUCUUGCUGUGGUAGGUUGUCAGACUGUCAUUGAAGUUCAUGGCAAAAGGGUCAGAGGAAGGCAGUAUCCUUGGGGUGUUGCUGAGGUUGAAAAUGCUGAACGUUGUGAUUUCACAAUUCUAACAAACAUGUUGAUGAGAACACACACGCAGAACUUGAAAGACGUCACUAAUAAUGUCCACUGGGGGAACUAUUGGAGCAGAAAACUGGCUGCUGUGACUUAUGAUGGAGUUGGUAAUAACAAGAAUAAAGGGCAGCUUACUAAGAGCCCUCUGGCACAAAUGGAAGAAGAAAGAAGGGAACAUGUCGCCAAGAUGAAGAAGAUGGAGAUGGAAAUGGAGCAGAUAUCUGCAAUGAAGGGCAAAGAAAAAGUUAAAAAACUAAAGGACUCUGACGCUGAGUUCCAACAGCGCCAGGAGCAAAUGAAAAAGAAUUCGGAAGCGCAGCACAGAGAGGAAAAACGUCAUCAGUUUGAAGAUGAGACAGUAAACUGGGAAGCCCAACAUAUUUUAGAACAACAGAACUCUUCAGGAACCUUGGAAAAGAACAAGAAGAAAGGGAAGAUCUUCUAA